UUUGGAGGCGCGGGAGCCGGCAGGCUGUUGGCUUUAACCGGACUCGAGAGCGGCGGCCGCUGGAGCCCGCGCCAUGGUGGAGAAGGAGGAGGUCGGGGGCGGCAUCAGCGAGGAAGAGGCGGCGCAGUAUGACCGGCAGAUCCGUCUGUGGGGAUUGGAGGCUCAGAAACGGCUUCGGGCCUCCCGUGUGCUUCUGGUCGGCAUGAAAGGACUUGGAGCUGAAAUCGCCAAGAAUCUCAUCUUGGCAGGAGUGAAAGGACUGACCAUGCUGGAUCACGAACAGGUAUCUCCAGAUGAUCCUGGAGCUCAGUUCCUGAUUCGUACUGGGUCCAUUGGCCGAAAUAGAGCUGAAGCGUCUUUGGAAAGAGCCCAGAAUCUCAACCCCAUGGUGGAUGUGAAAGUGGACACUGAGGAUAUCGAGAAAAAACCUGAGUCAUUUUUCACUCAAUUUGAUGCUGUGUGCCUGACAUGCUGUUCCAGGGAUAUCAUAGUUAAUGUUGACCAGAUCUGUCACAAAAACAGCAUCAAAUUCUUCACAGGAGAUGUUUUUGGCUACCAUGGAUACACAUUUGCCAAUCUUGGAGAGCAUGAGUUUGUAGAGGAGAAAACCAAAGUUGCCAAAGUUAGCCAAGGAGUAGAGGAUGGACCUGACACCAAGAGAGCAAAACUUGAUUCAUCUGAGACUACAAUGGUCAAAAAGAAAGUGGUUUUCUGCCCUGUCAAAGAAGCCCUGGAGGUGGACUGGAGCAGUGAGAAAGCAAAGGCUGCCCUGAAGCGCACAACCUCCGAUUACUUCCUCCUGCAAGUGCUUCUGAAAUUCCGCACAGAUAAAGGGAGAGAUCCCAAUUCUGAUACCUAUGCGGAAGAUUCUGAGUUGCUGCUUCACAUUCGGAAUGAUGUGCUUGACUCUCUGGGUGUGACUCCUGACCUGCUUCCCGACGACUUCGUGAGGUACUGCUUCUCUGAGAUGGCCCCGGUGUGUGCGGUGGUUGGAGGGAUCUUGGCACAAGAAAUUGUUAAGGCGCUGUCACAGCGGGACCCUCCUCACAACAACUUCUUCUUCUUUGACGGCAUGAAGGGGAACGGGACCGUGGAGUGCCUGGGCCCCAAGUGAGCGGGGACUCGGUGCUCCCCAGGAUGCUGCCCGCGGCGUGCCCACCUGUCCUGCCCAUCCCGUCCCUAGGUGUCUCCUCCUGACAGGGUAGAGUGAGGCGCCAGCCCAGCGCAGAGCCCCAGGAGCCCCAGGCCUGCCACCCGCCCAGUGUGGCCUCCUGGGCGCUCCCUUCCGACAUCUCUCUCUGUCCUGGUGCCAUUGACUUCCCAGCCCCAGCGGGACAGCUGGGAGCCUCUUGUCGCCUUCUUGGACUUCCUCCCACCUGAUGUCACGGAGAGAUGAGUGUGACUUCAGGCGGGGAGUGCGGCCUGAGCUGGGCGACACUCCGGUGGAACCCCUAGUCCUCACUUAGACAGGUGCCCUUAGCAGGAAAGCACGCCAGGCGGAAUGUCCUUCCUCCAGAAUGUGACAUCCUGGAAAACAACAGGUGGCAUUGGGUGCAGCUCUUGGGUUUGAGUUUAGGAUUAGUCAAGUUCCAGCCUGGAUUUCGGAAGGGCGGCAGCGUUGCCGAGUUCUGCUCCUUUAGAAAGGCGGGUUCCUGGGUCCCGCUGCGCAGAGACCCCGUAGAAGCCAGGCAGCUCUGCGCUGUGGCAGCCCUUCAGUCACCCCCGAUCCCAGCUCUUGGUGUUUUGCAUAUUUUCUACAUGGUUCUUUAAUAAGGAAUGAUAAUAAAGUUAUUUGCUUUA